GACAUGCAACAAAUCCGAUGUUUUCGUAUUCCAAUAACCAAAGUAGAGUCUUCCCCAUUAAAGUUGAAUCUCUGGAUAGUGAUACUGAAAACAGUUGCUUUUCGAUCAAAGAUGAACAGAUAAAGAAAAAGUAUGCGUGCACAUUUCCUGGUUGUGGGAAAAGGUAUUUAACGUCAAGCCAUCUAAAAGCUCAUUAUCGAAUUCAUACUGGUGAACGUCCAUUAGUUUGUGUAUUUCCUUAA